AUGUUGUAUGUCCAUUCCUGUAGUAGACCAUCCAUCACCGUGUUAUGUGUUAUGCAUCUGCCUUAUGCUCCCACUACGGCAGUGGUUCCGAUCCAUGUCUUGAUACCUACCCCACGGCUGUCCUUCCGCGAUUCAUUCCCAACUCCGGCCAAGCGCCCGUCGCUGUGGGAUCCGUCCAAGUUGCGAGAUGACUGUCACAAUCGAAGCCUCACUCACGGACAUGGCUCAUCUGCCAAUUGGAUGACAGAACGCAGUUCCGUUACCCUGCGCCACCACCUCCCACCCACAAUCGUUCCCGAGUCGUUGAGCUCGCAUAUGAAUAAACCCAUGCAGCAGCCCGCGGGGCAACGCAUAGGGCAGACACACCGCUGUUCACCAGCAGGGCAAGCCAGCUCAGACGCUCGUCUCAUCCUGUAUCCCUCCUACUGCGUACGCCUCCACGGCCUUCAACGCCGCCGCACGAGUGUCCCACGUCCCCUGCUGCCUGACCCUGCCUCCCCGUCCAAGCGUGCAAGGCCCAAACUCUAUUCUCCCAUCACCACCUCCAAGCGUCAAUAUGGCCUGAUACUGACAUCUUAUUUGGCAGUUCGAUCUCUGCAUCAAGCUGCGGCUACAGCUAUCUCAAACCAUGACUUCUCAGUCACCCUACCCAAAGCAAAAUUCAUCGCUUUUGCUACUCACCUCUUACCUUGUCGCCUGUUGCCAGAGACGGUCCAUUUCAACCAGUUCUACAACGAAACUCCAGCUUCCCACUCUCCGACGCCACAUGUCUUGCCUAUGAACAAGAAGGACUGUCGCCAGACGGCGAUCAAUGCGCCCUCUGGAGGGCCCUUGUUUCGUUGCUUUCGGGCCUCUCAGGACCACUUCGCCUCUCCCUUGCCUGGUCAUCCAUGCACGUCUUACCGUUCCUGUGUUACCAUGCACACCAAAAACAGCCCGUACCUAGAGGGAGAGGCCGCGUCUGCAACCUCAUUCUUGUCCUCAGUAGGUACACCUCUGACACGGAUCGAUACUCUCGGCAUUAUCAACGUCGACAUCAAGACCAUCAUCACUGGGCAGGUCAAGUUGCUCUAUAGUCAAAGAGUCUACAGUUCCAGGAGCAACUCGUUGCGAAUGGCAAAAAAGGCCGAUGUGGCUUUCGUAGGUUUUACCUAUCCGUCCCCAGAAUACCUUAUACCCCAAGGCCUACCCUCCCUGUUGGACGAUUCGCGAGCCGCAACAACGACAGGAAGAUCGACAACCUUCUUGGGUCUAGAUCUGAACUCAUCAGUUGGCAUAACAUGCUUGCAAGCCUGUUUCAUCGACAAGUCGAAGCACCGGCCAGAGGAUGCAUUAUUACACCCUCCAUGGUCCCUGAAGAUCUCUGUGGCCCCCCGAGUCAAGACACCGGCUCAAGGGUCGCAACUGUCCUUUGUUUCUGAAGUAUAUCUCAUUCCCGUCUGGACAAUGUUGCCUUCGGAGCAGCUUUCCGGUCAUCCCAUCCCAUCGUUUGGCAACCACCACUCUGGAGCACAGGCUCGCAAACUAAAGCGGAGGCGGCAUAAGGUAGUUCCUCUGAACAAGUGGUUAUCACGAGGGUCCCGUGAAACGGCCUCGAGCGAGCAAAAGAGCGAGGCCAACGCUCCUUCACAUGGGGCCUGGACGCGGCCGCGCAUGGGUCGAGCUGGUAACAAGAUGGUGUUUGUUCUUGUUUGUUGUACCGGACCUCUCGUUCUUUUUCCCAGAUAUGGUUAUGCCCAGUAA